AAAAGAAAAAGUGAUGACUUAGUUUGGUGAUAACAGAAAUAAUAACAAUAAUUUUUUCCUUUCACCAUUUUAGUCCUAUAUAUAUUCAUCACACACACACACAUACAAACAGAACAAGAACACAAAAGAGAGAAAAAGAAUUAAAAGAAAAAAAAAAGAUGAGAAGAGAUUGUCAUGUUUUAUUGAGCGGAAAAUCCGACGAGAUCAAAAAGUAUAAACACGGUUUUACUUCAGCGGAGAUGGAAUCUCUUCGAAGCUUAUGCGGAACUGUUUUUCCGUCGAUUUACGAUCAAGAAUCUGAAAAUUCCGCAGUUCAGGAAUUUUACAGAGCUUCAGGUUCUCAGUACCCUUUAGCAGAGGAGGUUGCAGAGCUGAUUGUGAAGAGGGGAUUGAUUGAAGCAGUAUUAGUGGUUAGAUUGGUAUUAUUUUUAUUAUCAACAAGAUUUGGGACAUUAUUGCUAUGUGGGUCACUGUGUUUAGACACGAAAUGGCCAUUUAUACAUAAAUUUUCAAGUAUUCCAUUGGAGAGGAGGGAAAAAGUUUUGCAGAAAUGGCUUAAACAUAAAUUGCUGACACCAAUCAGAUUUGCUUUCAUCUAUGUUAAAUCCAUCUGUCUCUAUAUCUUCAUGAUGCAGGUUGAUGAAAAUGGCAAAAACCCAGCAUGGGACGCAAUUGGAUAUAAAGUUCCGAUUGAAGAAAAUAUUGCAAAUAAAGAAAGACCUCUUGAAAAAGGAAUAAUAGAAACCAAUCGGGAGACAGAUUCAACUCUUCCCCAUGCACUUGCUAAAAAAGGUCUACAAGUUACACACGAAUCAGGAAAAAAUCUCUGCAAGAUCAAAUGCGACGUCGUUAUUGUCGGUUCUGGCAGCGGCGGUGGUGUUGCCGCCGCUGUUCUCGCCGCUGCAGGCUACAAAGUGGUCGUUCUUGAAAAAGGAAAUUAUUUCGUCGCUAAAGAUUAUUCAGGUCUUGAAGUCCCUUCUUUUGUUCAAUUAUAUGAAGCAGGUGGAAUCAUCACGACCGUUGAUGGGAAGGUGAUGAUCUUGGCAGGAUCAACGGUGGGAGGAGGCUCUGCUAUUAAUUGGUCAGCUUGUAUUAAUACUCCUGAUUUUAUACUUAAAGAAUGGGCUGAGAAUCAUAAAAUUCCAUUCUAUGGGAAUCCUGAAUAUAAAUCCGCAAUGGAAGCUGUUCGUCAGAGAAUUGGAGUUACAGAGAAUUGUAUUGAAGAAGGAUUUCAGAAUCAAAUCCUGAGAAGAGGAUGUGAAAAACUCGGCCUCGGAAUCGAUUCCGUACCGCGAAACUCGUCGGGAAAACAUUACUGUGGCUUGUGCGGUUACGGCUGUCCUACCGGUGAUAAAAAGGGUACCGACACGACGUGGCUGGUCGAUGCUGUCAGGAAUGGUGCGGUAAUCCUGACAGGAUGCAAGGCAGACAGAUUUAUAUUGUCUUAUAAUUAUAAUAACAAAAUUCGGUCAAAGAAAUGCUUAGGAGUAGCUGCAAAAAUCCUGAACAAUGAAAACAUUAAAAUGAGACUACAAAUCGAAGCAAAAAUUACAAUUUCGGCUUCAGGUGCUCUGUCAACGCCUCCAUUAAUGAUAUCUAGCGGGUUAAAGAAUCGAAACAUCGGUCGGAACCUUCAUCUCCAUCCUGUUCUGAUGACAUGGGGUUAUUUUCCUGAAUCAAACACAGAAUUCAAAGGAAAAUCACACGAAGGUGGGAUUAUUACAUCAGUUCACAGAGUUUUAUCAGAAGAUUCCAAACUUCAAGCCAUAAUCGAAACACCUCAGCUCGGUCCAUCUUCAUUUUCAGUACCAACUCCUUGGGUAUCAGCACUUGACAUGAAGAACAGACUCCUGAAAUACUCAAGAACAGCUCACUUAAUAACCAUAGUCAGAGACCGCGGUUCCGGCGAAAUCCGAACAGAAGGAAGAAUAAGUUACAAGCUUGAUGCCUCCGACGAGGCUAAUCUCAAGGCAGGUCUGAGAGAAUCGUUGCGAAUCUUAGUAGCAGCCGGAGCUGUUGAAGUCGGUACUCACCGGAGCGACGGACAGAGACUAAAAUGUGAAGGAGUUUCUAAAGAGGAGUUAGAAGAGUUUUUAGAAACUGUUUCCCCACCACCAGGAGGGAUGUCUUUAGAAGAGGAUUGGGUAAUUUACUCUUCUGCCCAUCAGAUGGGGAGUUGUAGAAUGGGGAUUCACCCGAAAGACGGCGCGGUGGAUCAGAAUGGUGAGAGUUGGGAGGCAGAAGGUUUGUUUGUUUGUGAUGCAAGUGUUUUGCCUACUGCUGUUGGUGUUAAUCCUAUGAUCACGAUUCAGUCUACUGCUUACUGUCUGUCAAAGAAAAUCGCUGACAUUUUAAAGAAACGACGGUCGUUUUGAGUUUAUUUAAUGGUUUUAAUGUUAAAUGCAAAUAAUAGAAUGUUUUAGAGGAAAUGUAAUUUGUUUACUUUGUAUGUAUUGCUAUAAAUAAUUUGCUAAUCAUCUUAAAAACUACCGACCUUUUAUUUUUUUUCAAUAACACCCUGAUCUUGCAAUUU